AUGGACGUCGACCCUUCUUCCCAACCCCGCUCCCGCUCCCGCUCACCUCCCUCAGGAGCGAUAGUCUCACAUCACGGAGAAAUACGCAAGAAGCGGCGCAUCGUGUCGCCCGAAUCAUCCGAGGAGACUAUUGGUGACCACCGCGGCACCGGUCGCAACCCUGUGCGAGGCCAGAUCGCCUGGCGUACCUCGCGCGAACCGUCGGGCAUACAGCCCUCUGUGUCGAUCCACUCUCAGGAGCCCUUCAAACCUUCGGAUACUGGAGCGGUCAUCUCGAGCGAGGGCUAUAGAGGGUGGCGGGAGCCUGACCCUGAGCCUGACCUUACGCCGACCCCAUCCGAGGAGGAGCUUCCGGAUCCCACACAGCCUAGCACAGACUCCGGAAACAUUUCUGACAGACAGAAUAAGCGGAUGUUUCCUCGGCUACUCAGGAAGGAGGACACGCUGAUGUCUAUCGAUCCUGCUUCCCAGCCUCCGGAUCCUUCAUCCGAGGACACCGAAUUACGGCCGGACGUGUCCAGUGCGAAUCUUGCAACAAUGCUAGACCAUCUGAGGCAGAAGCAGAGAGAAGAUCUGGAGGUGUUCGCUAAGAACAUCCGGGCGCAUAUAGAGGUGGAGUGUGCCGACCUCAAGAACGAGCUGACGCGGGUGAAAGCCGAAUUGGUGGACCUGCGUCUGCAGUAUCAGCGCAUGCAGAACGGGAAGUGA